AUGAACAACAUAAAUCACAACCCGAUAUCAAAAUCAACCAAUCAUGAAUCGACGAUACCAGACCCGGAAGACGGGCUUCUGAAUGAGGAGACACUUUUUGACAUGAGCAUCUUAGGAGACGAAGCAGAAUUUUCGAAUAUGAUGCAGACAGACAUAGAGCCUCAAGCUGCUCAGGUACCAAGUCAUGUCAGCAUUGAAUAUGUGCUGAAGAUGGAGUUCUUCACCCUUGGGGAAGCAAGAGAAUUCUACACGAGUUAUAGUAGGCUAAAAAGUUUUGCAAUAAGAAAGAGUAAGAGGGUAAAAAAUGCCAAAGGAGAGAUUGUUAGUUACACUUUUGUUUGCAACAGACAAGGAUUUAGGCACAAGAAGUGGUUAGAUAAGCUGGAUAGGAAAAGAGAGCACAAGCCUAUAACGCGAUGCGAGUGUGUAGCAGAGAUGAGAAUAAAGAAGAAUCAUAGUAAUGAAAAAUGGUUUGUUUCGCCGUUUAUGGAUGAUCAUAACCACACCCUACUCUUUAAAAGGUUUAUUGCAUAUCUGCCUUCACACAGGAAUAUGUCUGAUGCAGAAAUUGCUCAAAUGAAUAGCAUGAGGAAAGUUGGGAUAAGCAUUCCAAAGAUAUACCAGUCAUUUAAUGGAGAUGUAAAUGCCGCACUGCAUUUUUUUGAAGAUGCUGCCAGAAACGAUGAGAAACUGUUUUGGAGGUAUGAGGUAGCGGAUGGUUCUCGUUUGUGUGACAUUAUAUGGAGUGAUGGUCAAAGCCAGGAAGAUUAUGAGGCGUUCGGUGAUGUCCUUGCUUUUGAUGCGACCUAUGGGAGGAACAAGUAUAACCUUCCUGUUAUUGUUUUGUCCGGGGUUAAUCGCCAUAAUCAGACAUGCGUGUUUGCAGUAGCAAUGGUUUCAUGUGAGUCAUAG